UGCUCCCUGCCCGAGUACCACUCUCCAAUCUCCCUCCGGACUCAGCCGGAUAGGUCGCCACCCGCCGCUCCGCGCCUGUCUCUGCCUGGCCGCCUCUGACCUCCGUGUUUUCCGACCGGUGUCAAUAUCUCGCCCCGGCGCGCAGGCUCACUAGCCCAGUCCGCCACCGACCACCGGUCCACCGCGGCACACCGGCAUCGCGAGCCUCCAGGUUGUCUUGAUGAAUACGUUGGCAAAGAAUCAAUCUUUAUUGGCUAAUAAACUUAUUCCCCUGUUGUCGACCCACAAUGAUCUCACCAUUACACAUUUGAAGCAAAUCCACUCACAAAUCAUCUCCAAUGGAUGUCUCAAUUCUACCGAACUUCUCACUAGCUUCAUUUUCUCAUGUUAUAACUCUCAAAACACUAAGUAUGCAGAGCUCAUUUUGCAUAGUCUUCCAACUUCUGUUCCGUUGGUAUGGAAUUCGAUGAUUCGGGUAUCUCUUGACUCACAGAACCUUAAAGAUUUCUUGGAUAUCUAUCAUUGGUCAAGGCUUUAUGGGUUCUUCCCUAACAAAAGCACCACCUCUUUGAUUUUACGUUUUUGUGCUCGUUUCGGUGCGUCCCAGUUAGGGAAAUCCUUUCACUGUCAGAUAGUGAAAAUGGGGUUUCAAUUUGAUGUGGUUCUGCAGACUGGGUUGCUCGACUUUUAUUCCAAGAUUGGGGACCUGAGAUUGGCUCGGAGGGUGUUUAACGAAAUGUCUGAAAUAGAUGUCAUUGCAAAUAAUGUUAUGAUUUCAGCUCUAAGUAAACAUGGGUUUUUCGAUGAGGCAAAGCAGCUGUUUGAGAGUAUGCCCAAGAAGAAUGCUUCGUCGUGGAAUUUGCUGAUCACUGGUUACUGCAAAGCGGGUGACGUGGAAUCUGCGCGCUCUGUCUUUGAUCGGAACCCAUCAAAGGACGUAAUUUCUUGGAAUGCAAUGAUUGAUGGAUAUUGUAAGUCAGAACAGUUGGUUUAUGCAGAGGAGAUGUUUACAAAGUUAGGUUCUUCGAGAACUGCUGUGAGCUGGAAUACAAUGAUUGCCGGGUAUGUGCAGUGUAGGGAGUUUGCCAGAGCUAUAAACUUGUUUCAGGAAAUGCUAAACGAGAAGGUGAAACCAACUGAGGUGACAAUGAUCAGUUUGCUGUCUGCAUGUGCUCAUAUCGGAGCAUUAGAUAUGGGCGAAUGGGUUCAUGCCUACAUCAACAAAAAUAGAUUUAGGGUUGAUGCCGUUUUAGGCAAUGCUCUUAUAGACAUGUACUGCAAAUGUGGAAACAUGGAAGCAGCUCUUGAUGUUUUUCAUGGUCUCCAUACUAGGAAUACAUUUUGUUGGAAUUCCAUCAUUGUGGGUCUAGGAAUGUAUGGCUAUGGAAGUGAGGCCAUAGAUGCUUUUAACGCAAUGCAAAAGGAAGGUACUAUAAAGCCCGAUCGGGUCACUUUUCUAGGGCUUCUAUGUGCUUGUUGCCAUUCUGGCUUGGUUUCUGCCGGCAAAAGCUAUUUCUCUCAAAUGAAGAGUUCUUAUGGAAUUGAACCUGGAAUUGAACAUUAUGGAUCAAUGGUUGACCUUUUAGGCCGAUCCGGACUUCUAGAAGAAGCAAUGGAACUCAUAAAAACCAUGCCUAUGAAACCAAAUGUUGUUGUUUGGGGAAGCUUGCUCCGAGCAUGUCACGUUCACAAGAACAGUGAACUCGGUGAACAAGUUACCCAGCAUCUCUUGGACUUGGAUCCGCGCGAUGGAGCAAACUAUGUUUUCUUGUCCAACCUCUAUGCUUCCUUAAACCGAUGGACCGAUGUUGCCAUGUGUCGGAAGUUGAUGAAUGAGAGGGGGGUGUUAAAGACGCCGGGAUGCAGUUCGAUCGAAGUUGACAAUAUAUUGCACGAAUUUGUAGCUGGUGACACCUCGCAUCCUCAGUUUCCUCAAAUCAAUGCAUUGUUGGAUAAGAUUGCCAAGGAUCUGCAGGCUAAUGGUUAUGAACCGGAUACAUCAUCCGUGCUGCAUGACAUUGAUGAUGAGGAAAAGGAGGAUGUGAUUAGAUACCACACAGAGAGAAUUGCUGUGGCUUUUGGUCUGUUGAACACACUGCCGGGAAAAACAAUCCGCAUUGUUAAGAACCUGAGAACAUGUGGUGAUUGUCAUGUGGCCUUGAAAUUUAUUUCGAAAUUAUACAAGAGAGAGAUAGUGGUGAGAGAUAGGAAUAGAUUUCAUCACUUCAGGGAAGGGCAUUGUUCUUGCAAGGAUUAUUGGUGAUUUAACAAGAUUGGACUGGCAAUGUCUUCUCUAAGUAACAACUCACUUUUUUGGGACAACCAUCACAAUCCCUUAUGUUCUUCCACCACGGGCUGAAUGUUUCACUUUUGACUGAUGAUCCUUUGCAAAUUCAUCUGACGAAAGAGCCUCUAGUGGAAGAAUACAGCAUUGCAGCGAAGGUUUGGAAGCUGAACUCAUGCGACCUUUGUGAGAUAAGAUAGCGAGGAAUUCUGUUUAUCAGUCUGGAUUUUCUCAUGAUGAUGACAAGUUUCCAUUUUCAUUAAUAAUUACACAAGCUGAAGGGCGACAUGCCGAUGAUCGAGGCGGCAUAGUCCAUUCAAAUGGACCGUUAAGGAAGAAUCAUUGUUUGUCUCUGUUUGGGUUGACAUUUUCAAGCAACCUAUCGUUGAGGUUUCAAGCAAUCGGAGGAUGCGACGUGGUAUCGUAUCAAGGAGAAGUUCUUUGCAUCGAUGAACAAGGAUGUCUCGUACUGAACGCGAGACCAACUCACUUCCAAAUGGGAUCACAUCAACCGUAAAGUCCGAAAGUUUAUCGGAGUUUACGAGGAAUGCUCUCGGUCUCGAAAGAGCAGGACGAACGAUGUCGAUGUUCUGUGACAAGCCACUACCCGCUAUCAAGAUGAUGAACACCAAGACAAGGUCCCCGUCGAUCUUUGGAGAACUUUAAGCCAUUCAUCGAAAUGGCAAAAACUCAACAACCCCGAGAUCAAAUCGUCAAAGAAAAGAUCUUCCGCCAGGUUGAGGCAGAUGAGACUAUUGGUUCUUCGGAACAAAAGCCUCCCUUCAUUCUAGACGACUCCGGUGACGAGGACCUCAUCCUACGACCGAUCGUAAGGAAGAAUGCAAAAUACAUUGCCUCGAGUUCUGGAGGGCCCGACUUUGUUUCUUCUCACGACGAAAUCAUCCGGGCAAUGGUUAAACAAUUGCGGGUGUUCAAUAUUAGGGAAGAAGAGCGGGAGAAACGAAGGCAAGAGAAGGAAUAGACCGAAAUAAUGGAAACCGACUUUGUUACGUUAUCGGGCUUCAAACAUAUGCUUGUCUUAAUUUAAUUUGUCUUCAAAAAGAGAUCAAGACUAAAUUUAAUUUGUCUUA